CAGCAUCUUUUUCAUAAUAGAAACCACGCGUGAAAUUUUUUUUUUAUAAAAAAUUAAAAUUUAUUUGUAAUUCUUCCCAAAGUUUUUUAAAAUGUCAAAAACUAAACAAAAAAAAGUUCACAAAAGCCAAGAAAAUAAUCAACAGUCUGAUACUGAAUUUUCCUCCGAUUGGGAUGUUGAAAAGUAUCGCCGGGAAUAUGAAAGCGAAGAGCAUUGGCAGCUAAGAAAGCGUUUUAUGGACCUGCACAAAGAUAAAUUUCCCGAAGAUAGGUUGGUGUGUUUAGCUCAAGUAUUUACCAACAUGGAAUUUAUGGGCUGCAAAUAUCCCUCCGAAACAAUGCAUAUGGUGGGUGAGCUAUCGCAAGAAGUAGCCAAAGAAUUUAGAGCCAAUAGAGCGAAUCGUUUGAAGAGAACAUUUGUGACAGCGUCUGAUGCCGCCGAGGCCAGGGCCAAAGGACGUAAAUCGACGCAGCCAGCAAAUAAUGUACAGCCCUCGAGUUCAUUUCAAGCCAGUAACAAAAGAAAAGGAUUUGGCAAUGUAGCUGUAGGUGGCAAUGAGACUUCUGUGAAAAGGGCAUCAUCAGGAGUUGAUCUAUUUUCCGGUUUAAAAUAUGGCAAAUUUGUGGUGUAUCUACAUGGAGAUCGUAAUUGUCUAAGAUUAUCAGCACAACGCUGCAAUAUACAAUACGUAGAGAAAGAAGUAACUCUUGAUAAUGGUCGAAAACAGAUUGAAAUAAGGCUUAAUGAGCAUAUAGUGGCGACAGCUUGUGAAGAUAAUCUCAAGGCCUCUAAAGCAGAGGCAUUUCGCAAAGCAUUAACAACGCUACAAGAACAAUGCUACACAAUUAAGCAAAAUCCUUCUCGGGAUACCAUCAAAAUUGAGAAAACCGACAAUAAAGUUGUAUGUGGAGUUAUUAAAACCCAGGAAGAAGCUGAACAAAAAAUUGAUGACACAAAUAAGGGUUACAAAAUGAUGAAAAUGAUGGGUUGGUCAGGUGGUGGCCUAGGUUCACAGAAACAAGGCCGUGAAGAUCCUGUUGGAUAUUUGCUGAAAAAUAAUCGUGCAGGUUUAGGUAAUGAUGCCUGCAAGCUUGACAGAAAAUAUUUUAUGCAAAUGCUGAAAAAUUAUGUGCAAUCGGAUGACAUACGCGAAUUACAGUUUGAACCCACAUUUACCAAAGACGAAAGAGCCAUGUUACACGAAAUUGCCAAUAAAUUUAAUUUGAAAUCCACUAGCCAUGGUCAUGAUGAACAACGUCGUCUAAUUAUUUGUAAGAAAACAAUUAGCGAUAAUCAGAUAUUGGAGGAAAUAUUGAUAAACAAAAAUUCUCGUUUUAUUGAUCGUUACUUUGUACAAGUGCCGCAGUCAAAAAGUCAAUUAUUUCCAGAUUAUACUACCGGAUUGUCGUUGUAAUCUGAUUAGUUUUUAUGUGCUGUACAUUUACCGCUCUGCGUUAAUUGCAAGUUGUAAAAGUAAAAAAAAAAUGAAUUAAAAAAUAUAUAUAAGUCUAUAAACAAUUAAUAAUAAAAAUGUCUCGUGUUUUUUUAAA